AUGUCAGAAGAGAAUAACAACAAUAAUACUACGAAUACAAGUGAAACAUUCUUGUUCUUUCAAGUAUUUAAAAAUCUAUUCCUUUGCAAACAAAUAUUCCGAUGGGUACCCUACAUAGGACAAAAGAUAAUAAAGUACAAGACGAUCAAGGCAUACGACUCACUCGAUGAACGUGGAGAGAUUCAGUUUGAGAUGCCACCUCUUUCAUACCACCAGAUCACCUCGGUGACCAAGAUGAUAGAGUACAAACAAUUUGGUCUGCUCAAAGCCAAACUACAAGGUGUGACGGCGCUAGACAUUGCCAAACACGAACUCCCCAUAUGGACCUAUCUCGUCUCUACUAUAUGCGAGAUCCCAGACUUUACUCUAUCGUUUUUCCUCGUUGACAAUUUGUUGCGAGUCGACCCAUCGCUUCGAGAAAAGGUGUUGGGAUGGUGCAUCAGACGUAACAAUAUCGAGUUGUUUGAUGUCGUGUGGGACAUGUCAAACUUUACAAGAGUGACCAAGAAUCUAAUGUAUUGCAUGACGUCGGGUGAAGCAGUAUCGGUUGCCAUGAUGGAACGGAUGUAUCAAGUGAUUGCAAGACACGGCAUAGAGUCUUCACUCACCCAAUACCAAAGUGGAUUGUUUAAAAACAAGACCAAACAACAAAAACAAGAGUUGUUGGAUUUGGUCAUUGCAAAUCGUCACUUGGUACGUCUAGAAGCAGUACUACAUGUUGCAUUGGAGGAUUUGGAAUUCACACAAAUACAACAACUACUACAAGCAGACAAGGCUUGUUCCGAUGAAAUUAAAAGUGGUGGUAAUCUAGAAUCGAUUAUUCGUGGUCGUAUCACUGCCUUUUUAAGAGUGUUGCAACCAAGUAUGAUGGAGGACGAGUCGAAUCUUGUCUGUUACUUUCACACCAAAAAUUGUGUAGCCUAUAAUCAUGAUAACAAGACGAGGAUAUGUGAUUAUGCAACCGUCGACAAGAGACUAACAUCUAUGAAAUUUAAAAAAAGGUCGUCUUGGGAGUCAACCAUUCAAGAUACUUAUUGGAGUUCUGAUCAUUUUAAAAUUACAAAUAGAUCAUUUAAUUAUAAUCAAUUGGUUUAUUUAUUAGUUUAUAUAGAGAAUUUAGUACAUUUUAAUCAUUCAUUAUCACUUUCAAUUUUAAUGUCAUUUGGAGAUGAACAAUUAUUUGGUUAUAUUGAUCGAUUCCUAAAUAGUGUGAGAACAUCAGAACAACAGUUGUAUAGUGCAUGUCUGUCUGGCAAUGGUGAUGCUGUAAGACACUUUAAAAGGGCGGCUACUGCUUGGGGGUCAUGCAAUCCAAUCAGUUUGCAAGUGGCUACACUAUUAGAGGACAAAUUUGCCAAAUACAAUUUAGAAUCAAAGAUCAAAUUGUUUUCGGUCGCUUUUUCGAUAGCUUGCUUUAAUGGUGAUAUUCCGUAUGCAAAAUAUAUCAUUGAUCAUGGAUAUGUUGAUUUUGAUUCAUAUUCUCAAGGAUUUGACAAGGCACUAAUAAUGGAACGAAUUCCAAUGCUAAAGUAUCUUAUUGGUACAAGACUAUUCCAAAGUCAAACCUCUGAUUUUUUGGGACGUGGCCAUUUACGUGACAAAAGAGGAAUAACAUUGGUCAAUCAUUACAAGGACCUAUUUCAAUCAUUCUUUUCAAAAGAGGAUAUCAAACAUUUUGGAAUGGAUUUUAUAAAGUUUGGUGUCCUCUUGGAAUCAAUGCCAUUCCUCCAAUCAAUCUAUCCAACAUGUCACACACAAAUUCCACUCUUCCUUGUUCUUGACAAGGAUAUCCAACUUCUCACCUUUUUCCUCGAACACGAAAGAGUGUAUCCCGACGAAUUCUAUUCAACCAGAAUAUUAAAUGCAUUCAAACCAAACAAAAGUAUCGAAUUGAUUAAACUAAUUGACAAGUAUCUUCCAAAUGCUUUUUCUUCUUGGACACAAUUACUUCCAAUUUAUCAAGAUUUAAUCUCCACUCUUAAACGUUGA